AUUUGUCACCUGGCUUGGGAGGGUCCGUUAGGUGGACGGGGGAGUGAGGAAGUCUCGCGCGGGGAUAAGCGUGGGAAAUCUCGCGGGAAGUAGCUAUAGAGACAGAGCGGCUUCCUUGCAGCGUUUGCUAACAGAGCGGAGAGGACUGAGAGAUUACUGUAACCUAUCCAGUGAAGAAACCAUCUUUUAUACUUUUUAAUGUUUCAUCUGGACUAGCAAAACCAAGAAAUUUAGAAAGAAUGAGGCUGAAGACAUCACACUUAAAGGAACCAAAACAUAAAGAAUUGGUUAGCUGUGUGGGCUGGACUACAGCUGAUGAGCUAUAUUCAUGUAGUGAUGAUCACCACAUCAUAAAAUGGAACUUGUUAACUAGUGAGACAACUCAAGUAGUGAAGCUUCCUGAUGAUAUCUACCCCAUAGAUCUUCAUUGGUUUCCCAAAAAUAUAGGUGGAAAGAAGCAAUCCCAAGCUGAGAGUUUUGUACUCACAAGCUCUGACGGCAAGUUCCAUUUGAUUUCAAAGACAGGAAGAGUGGAAAAAAGUGUAGAGGCUCACUGUGGAGCUGUACUUGCAGGAAGAUGGAAUUAUGAAGGAACAGCAUUGGUUACAGUUGGUGAAGAUGGACAAAUAAAAAUCUGGUCUAAAAGUGGAAUGCUAAGAUCCACUUUAGCACAGCAAGGAACACCAGUUUACUCAGUAGCAUGGGGCCCCGAUUCAGAAAAGGUUCUCUAUACAUCAGGGAAGCAGCUGAUUAUUAAACCUCUUCAACCAAAUGCUAAAGUUUUACAGUGGAAAGCCCAUGAUGGAGUUAUUUUAAAACUCGAUUGGAACUCAGUCAAUGACCUUAUCCUAUCUGCUGGUGAAGACUGUAAAUAUAAGGUGUGGGAUAGUUAUGGUCGUCUACUGUACAGCUCUCAGCCUCAUGAUUAUCCUAUAACAUCUGUUGCCUGGGCUCCGGAUGGAGAAUUAUUUGCUGUGGGGUCUUUUCAUACUUUGCGCCUAUGUGAUAAAACUGGGAAAUCCCUUGAGCUACUUACUCUUCAUGAACAAGAAUCUGGUGGUGAUUAUCUUUAA